AUGUCUUUAAGAUUAAGUAAAAUAAAUAUCAAUGUAAUUAAAUAUAAAGCAAAGCCAAAUCCUAGUUGUCCUAACUGUAAUCCAGCAAAUUUAAAUUUUGCUCUGGCAGUACAAUUUUCAAGAUUUUGGCCUUGGUUUCAAUUUAAAUAUCAAGCUCAAAGUUUUUCUAGAUAUACUAUUGAUUUAUUUUGGACAAUUUAUCAACAACCCUUUUUGAAGGAUAAAAAAAACAAUAGUAACUCUGAAACUUUUUCCACUGUAGCUAUAAUUGUAGAAUCUACUUGUAGUAGCUCUAAUUCUUCUAUGACAGCUUUAGUUGCUAAAUUUACUCAUUUAACUAACAAUACUACACACAACCUACCAACAAAAACUAUAACUAAUACAAUUGCAACAACUACUCACAAUCUAACUAAUAUAGUAUCUAUAUCGAAUAACAUCAAUACAAACACAAAUUCAAACCCAUAUGAUAAAUUUUUUAUAAAUAUUCUUUCAGAUCUAAAUAACAUGUUUGAAUUAGAGUUGGAAUUAGAGGAAGAAGAUAUAACUGAACCAACGUAUACUACUAUUCAAGUUGGUAACAAUUUUACACAACUGGAGGACCAACUUAUAGCCAAUGUCAAAAUAGAGAAUAUUAAUAAUCCUCUCCAACAUCAACCAGAUAAUAUAUUUAGACUUAUACAACUAGAAAUAAAGGAAAUAAAAGAAAGUCAAGAAGAAAAUCAGAAAAUAUCUAUCCCUAUUACAGAAGAUAAAUCAACUUUUAUUGGCCAUACUCUUGAUAACCAACAACAACAAACUAUAAUUUAA